GUGUCUGCGCGGAGACCCUCGGGGGUCUCGUCUUCGCCCAGAAUGGCCAUACGGACUCCCGGUGCUAACGGGGCUUGCCAGACACUGUAGAAACGGAUGUAGGCUGGCGUUUAGUGCAACCAAGGCAGCCCAGAAACGGCGUCUGUCUGGGCGAGCGGAGCGAGGGUGCCGGGUAGCGCAACUCUGCCAGCACGGAGUGCGAGUGGGGGGGUGGGCAGAGCCUUUAUAAGGGAUGUAUUUCCCAUCCUUCCAAAGGAGGGUGGCGUGCCUCUUGGGAGAAUCAACAGUUUCCUGAAUAAAGCAGAGAGUUGCCUGAGACACAAAGAUGUUGGAAGAAGAUAUGGAAGUUGCCAUCAAGGUGGUAGUUGUAGGAAAUGGAGCUGUUGGGAAGUCCAGUAUGAUUCAGCGAUAUUGCAAGGGGAUUUUUACAAAAGACUACAAGAAAACUAUUGGUGUAGAUUUCCUGGAAAGACAAAUCCAAGUUAAUGAUGAAGAUGUCAGGCUAAUGUUAUGGGACACUGCGGGUCAAGAAGAAUUUGAUGCAAUAACUAAGGCCUACUAUAGAGGAGCCCAGGCUUGUGUUCUUGUGUUUUCUACAACUGACAGAGACUCCUUCAAAGCAAUCCCCACCUGGAAAGAAAAAGUUGUGACCGAAGUUGGAGACAUUCCCACAGUUCUUGUGCAGAAUAAGAUUGAUCUUCUUGAUGACUCUUGCAUAAAGAAUGAGGAGGCAGAAGCACUGGCAAAAAAGCUAAAAGUGAGGUUCUACCGAGCGUCCGUGAAGGAAGACCUGAACGUAACUGAAGUUUUUAAGUAUUUGGCUGAUAAGUAUCUUCAAAAGCUCAAGCAACAAACAGCUGAAGAUUCAGAACUAGUACAUACAAGCAGUAACAAGAUUGGUGUUUUUAAUACAGCUGGUGGAAGUCACUCCAACCAAAAUUCUAGCACUCUUAAUGGUGGAGAUGUCAUCAACCUUAAACCCAACAAACAGAGGACCAAGAAAAACAGAAGUCCUUUUAGCAACUGCAGUAUACCUUAGACCACUUUUAAAGGAAAUAAAGCAACCCAGUGAAUUGGA